AUGGCCGAAGUGACUGGGGUCGCCAUGGGCGUAGUAAGCAUUGCUAUGGCCUUUAAAGGGGCGGUCGAUACUUAUCUUUUCAUCGGAUCAUUCUUUGACGAGAACAAUAGAGGAUGUAGUUAUGCCGCUCUUCGCUAUCACAUCGAAAAGACUCGGCUCCGGCUCUGGGGCGAUCAAUGCCAGGUUGAGAACCCAUCCAACUGUACACUUCGGGAUAGACCAGUGUACAUUCAGGAGGUAGUGGUUAAAAUACUAGCACAAGUCAAGAAUCUGAAUGCAGAUGUCCAAACACUGGCGGAUAAGCAAAACGUGCUCCCAUCUGAAGUUCUACCUAAUAAAGAUCUCGGGAAGAGCAUGGAUCCGAAUAGUGACGGUGUUGCUGAAAUGGGAAGUCGCAUGAAGUUAGCAAGACCAAGAUCUGUGCUUAGCUGGGUGAUAAAGGACAGGUCGGACUUCGAAGAAAAGGUUGAAAGGAUCCACAAGCUCAUUACUGAUCUAUUCGAAAUCACUCUUCAGCAGAGAGAGAUCCAGAACCUAAAUGAUGGUCUUCCAAGCCGCGCCAUAGCUCCGCUAAAUCGCGAAGACCUCUUAGAGGCCUUAGCUAGAGAUAGAACGAUGAUUCAUCAGCCAUUAGGUCUUGCGGCUUUAGCAAAACUGUCUCAGUCACGAAUAUCCGUCGGUACAGGCUCAGCGAGCUGCAUCACCAGUCAAGAGUUGACCAUAGUCAACACUUCAUCAAAUACCGGCAUCCUCAAGCGCUCAGACGGGAGUUAUCUCGUCGUACGGGUCGAAUGGAACAUCGUGAAAUCUGGGUCUCACACGCAGAGAUACAUCGAUCGCAUCAAAGCGCUGGGAUAUGUUCUAGAGCAAGUGAGUGAAUCAGCGCUCAGGUUACCGCCAUGUUAUGGCGUAUUUGACGACCUAUCAUAUGAGGCAAAUAUGGCAAACGAAGGAGAAAAGCGGCUGGGAUAUAUCUUUGGACUGCCUCGCACAGACUCCACCCUCAAUAACCUUGCGAGGCACUCGUACGAUGAAGACCUCAACAGCUACCCCCCGAUUACGCUGAGAGAGCUUAUUAAGAACCAAAAUAAAGGCUCAAUUCCAUUAUUGGAGGACCGCUUUCAGCUCGCGUACACUUUAGCAUGUGCGUUUAGUCGUUUUCACGUCGCAGGAUGGCUACACAAAGGUUUCCAUACGGGAAGCAUCGUCUUCUUUCAAAACAAGGGCGGGAAAGGUAUGGUGGAUGUGACCGAGCCGUUCAUCACUGGAUUCCAAUACUCCCGUCCGCAAGAGGAGAGCUCUCUUUCCCAAAGUCCGCUCCAGAACAAGACCCUAGAGCAUUACUAUCAUCCCGAUGCCGACAGAGGCUUCACCAAACGGCUAGAUCUCUAUAGCUUAGGCGUCGUAUUAUGCGAGAUCGGAUGCUGGAGCUUGGUCCCUAGCUCCAGUAAGAACAAGACCAGAGCGGAGUGGAGGAAGCGCAUGUUGGAUACGGUGCGUACGGAGCUUGGAUGGAGGAUGGGGAGUAAAUAUCAAGGCGUUGUUAGGACGCUGCUUGAAUGCGAACUCCCAUCUGAUGACCUUGGCUCGGAAUACUUUGCGAUGCAGUUUCUAGAAAAGGUUAUGAAGCCACUAUGCUACUGCAAUGCCUAG